GAUGUGUCCAGGGCGUGGUCUGCCUCAAUCAGUUUAGCACAAUGAAAGAUCCCUGUUACUUUGCAGCGACAGAUGAUCUCCCUGCUCACUUUACAUUAUGAUGUUGUAGCUUCCCGAGCAGCUGAUUUUGUUUCCUUCUCCGCUUUUCUGUCGGUGGAAACAGUAGAAGAUCCGCCCGUGUGCGUCAGUCAGAAUGCAUCCGAUGUGCUCCGGCAGCGGUGGGGACAUAUUUGACUGUAUACAGCGAGGAAAUAUUGAACAGUGUAUACACUUCGUGCAGAAUGACCGAUCAAUCCUCAAGCAGAAAGGCUGGGGUGGCUUCACCCCGCUCCACUACGCAGCCCUCCAUGGCAACCGCGCCCUUGUCGACCUUUUCCUCAGUACUGGAGCUGAUCCGAACCUGACAUGUGAUGCAGGACAGACAGCCUUUCAUUUUGCCUGCAGGCAAGGGAACAUCUUCAUCAUACACCAAAUGAUGCAGUAUGGAGCUGAUUUGCGGCUCAUAGACCUGCAGGGAAAAACAUCACUGCAUCAUGCAGUUACUGGAGGAAGCAUUGUUGCAGUGCACUAUUUGUGGGAGACAGGAAUGUUCCGGUUCUCGGACACAGACAUGUACAAGGUGACGCCUCUUCAUCUGGCUGCAUCCACAGGAAACACUGAAGUGGUUCGAUAUUUGCUCAGAGACCAGAGGUGUGCUGUGGAUGCAGUUGACCAGCAGGGAGCGACAGCGCUUCACGUCGCAGCAGAGAGGGGCGGAGUGGAGGUGUGCUGGACACUGCUGCAGAGAACCGGGUGCAGGAUGCUCCGUCAGAAGAAUCACAGCGGCCUCACGCCACUGGAUCUCAGCAAACAGGGGAAAGCAUUUAGACAUCAGCAACUCACUAAACUACUGAGUCGGUACAUUAAUGAGCCAAUACACCACAAGCCCAGAGAGUCUCAUGUUUUGUACUACUGGACGCUGUUUUUUCCGACUCUGAGUGGAGCUGCCAUCCUGCUAAUAGCAGCCAUGUUGGGAGGCUACGGGGGGCUAACCUGCGGUUUGCUGUUCCCCUGGCUGGCCAGAAGCAUUUUCACACAGUACCACCGCAUGACCACAUAUCAAAGGUUGCCUAACCCCGUCUACUUGGGAACCCUCCUAGCUGGAAUGUUCCAUUCCCUGCUCUGCUUCUAUGGAAAAAUGAUGCCUAGUGUGUGGCCGACCAGUGCUUUGGCUCAGGUGUCACUGGUCCACUUCUCCAUACUCCUCGGGUUGUUCUGUAAGGUUCUGACUCAGGACCCUGGGGAACUGGACAGAGCAGAUGCAGAUCCUCGGUUCUCCUGUAUUGCUGACCUGGUGGAGAACAACCAGAGCCCUCACAGGUUCUGUCCGUAUUGUGAGUUGUUUCAGCCUGACUACACUAAACACUGUAAGCUGUGCGAAGUGUGCAUAAAAGACUACGACCAUCACUGCCUUUUCCUCAACCGCUGCGUCGGCCGGGGUAACCACCGCCUCUUCCUCCUCUUCAUCCUCUCCAUGGUGACUGCACACCUUCUUUUCAUCGCCACAGCAACGACUUACCUGUACAGCAAGAUGUCCGCGGGCAGUUACGGCUUGUCGUCGUGGCUCACAUUGCUCGGCGAGGAGUUCUGGGUUGUAGUCAUGAUGAUCAUGAAUGCACUGACACUCCUCUGGGAGGUGUGGCUUCUGACUGAGCAGUUUGAAGCCAUCGCCACGGGAACGACCACCUACUUCAGACAGUGUGAAAGCUCAGCGCGGCAGAGGUCGCUCGGACAACGCUGGGUUUUAGUGCUGUCGUUUCUACUGGAGGGUCGGAGACGGGUGGGCAGUGGACAAACCAGGGAGGACAAACCUGCCAUAGACAUUUAAGACAGACCUUGUGUGCAGCUGUUUAGAAGACUGAUUCAUCAUUUCUCAUUUACAAAUAUUUAUUAUUGCUUUAAAGCCUUUGGUGUGCAGUCAAUUUUGUGACAAUGUCCUCCUUAGAUUCAGUAUUUCUCUAAUGCCAUAUUACAUCUUGUACUUGAAAGUUAAAUUUUGUUACAUCUUAAUAUUAUAUUUUAAUAUUAAAUAGAUCAUAGAGUCGCCAGCAGACAACGUGGCUUGCAGGAUAACUACCACUAAGAGUUUACUAGUUUUUAGAGACCACACUGAAUAACAGAACAGUGUUUUAAUUCACUUGCUGGUUUACAUAGUAUUAUGUGAAAUACUGGAUAUUUCAUAAACUGUUCUGGCACAGAGCAUCUCUAAUAACAUGAGCACCCUCAAUUUACCCCGUUUACUUAUCUGUAUACUUUUUAAUGUCAGUUUUAUUUUUCCUUUAAAUAAAGGUUUGUCAUGGUGUAAAACACACUAUAGAUCAAAGUUUAUGUGCUCUUAACAUUAGCAAGUCCCGUGAUUAGCUUGUGCUAAUGGUUAAUAGCAGGUGCACUGAAAGACUUUGUUCCUAGCGUUAUGUCAUUACCUCUCCGACCUGCUCCCAGUCAUUUGUGCCAUGACACUUCCUCUGCUCUCACUAAUGGGACAUGCUCUUUUCAUGCCUUCAAUUACACACACUCAUUUCCUAUGUGUCCCUUAGGACCAUAUUUCUAGAUUAUAGAUGAUGUUCCCCACACCCCUCACAGGCUGGUGUGUCCGGACUCUGUGAGUGGCUACGUCAUGUGAUAUAAUUUAGUGUCUACUGUACUGCCUUUUGUGCACAUGGAGUGAUUAAGCUGAGAACAUGUGAGCCUGUGAGACUGAGUGCUUUUACUGUAUUUCUCUGUCCCUGAAUCAGUGUUCGUGUAUCCAGCUGACUGCCAGUUGUCGAUUUUCCUGUGUAAUUGAUGUGUGCUGAUGUAUUUCGUCUGUGGUGACACAGUGUCCUUCGAUUUCCAAGAUGAUAUCUCAUUUGUGCCAUAAUGUUUUUUAUGCUGUAGAAAAAUACGUGUAAUAAAAGCACAUCUGUCAUUUAUAUAUAAAACGA